CAUAACCUAAAUUAGGACAAAAGUAAACAUUAAGGAACAUCACUUUUGUGUCAUUCAUAGAGGAAAGAGACAGAACCAUCAAUUGUUUGUACAAUCGAAAACGACAGUUGAGCGCCAACGUUCCACCUCCUUCUCCAGCUUCCUGCAACCCCCCCCCCCCCUUUGGCUGUUUGAGAUAGAGGCAAAGGUGGGUUCUAACAAAUCUCAGCAAAUGGCAACCGGAAAUGGCAUUUUAACCACUACUAAGGGUCAAGAAGAGCAAAAUAUAUUAAUCUCAGAGAGGGAAAUUUUUGACCUAUGUGGACCUCUGCACCUAACUGCUAUUGACUGGGAAAAUGUUGCUCAUCGACGAUCUGUGGCUGCGAGUUUGGUUCAGGGUGUCUACAUCCUAGAGCGAGACCGGCAAGAAAAGCGGCAGGAAGCUCAAGCUUUUGCUCCUCCGUGGUGGAAACAUUUCGAAUUUCAGUUAUAUCGCGUGCUUGUUGAUGAUGUUGAUUCCUGCAUUUUUGGUGCUAUAUAUAAAUUCGCACCGUCAAAAUCUUAUGCUGGUGAUUCCAUAGAUAAAGCCCCACGGUUUGUUAUUGCUUUCCGUGGGACCUUAACCAAAGGUGAUGCAUUUACACGAGAUGUAGAAUUGGAUGUCCACAUAAUUAGAAAUGGACUUCAUCGGACAUCUCGCUUUGAAACAGCCAUUCAAGCUGUUCGACAUGUGGUUGCCACAUUCGGAAGCUCAAAUAUCUGGCUAACCGGUCAUUCAUUAGGAGCUGCAAUGGCAAUGCUUGCUGGCAAAACCAUGGCAAAGACCGGUGUAUUUCUAGAUGCAUUUUUGUUUAAUCCACCAUUCUUGGCGGCUCCAAUAGAAAGAAUUAAACAUGAAAAAGUGAAACACGGGAUCAGAUUUGCAACCAGUGUUAUAACAGCUGGACUUGCUUUUGCUGCGAAGACUAAAAUUGUGAAUACUCGAUCUGGAGAUACAUUCGUUGCAUUAUCUGCAUGGACGCCGUGCCUAUAUGUGAAUCCAUCUGAUCCUAUCUGCGCAGAAUACAUCGGCUACUUUCAACACAGGGAUAGGAUGGAUACAAUGGGAGCAGGAGUUAUUGAGAAGGUAGCAACCCAACACUCGAUUGGUGGUCUUGUCAUGAAUUUCAUGGGGAAGGAAUGUGAUGAGCCGCUGCACCUUAUUCCAUCAGCCAACUUAACAGUUAAUUUGAGUCCUUCGACGGUCUUCAAAGAAGCUCAUGGAAUUCACCAAUGGUGGAAACCUGAUCUACUUGUUGAGUCCAAGAAACACCAGUUCACAUAACAAAUGGUUCAAAACAAAUACCACUACUGCACUUGACAGAUGGUAUGUUUGUCUAAUUUGUUCCUCUCCUCGGGUAUGUUUAUAUUUUGCGCUUAGCGUAAUGGCUCUUGUACUGGUGCGACCGUUGCUUUAGAGAUGCAUUGUUACCUUCAACUUCUAUUUUGUUCAUUCAUGUUUCUAUAUUUUAGUGAAUCCAUCUACCCCUAGUGGGCUUCUUUCA